AUGCACUGUAUGGGAACUAUCAGUUCAACACAUCUUGAACAAAAACCUUCAGUCCUCUUCAUGGGUUCCUACUCUUCUGGAAAGACAUCUGCAAUAAAAUACUUACUUCAAAUUGAUAUUGCCGAACUUCGAGUUGGUCCCGAACCAACAACAGAUAUAUUCCAUGUUCUGACAUAUGGAGAGAAACAAGUCACUGUUGGCGGAAUAAUUCUGAUGAAUGAUCCACAUUUUGGCUUCCAGAAUUUUUUUCCUCAUAAUAAAGAUAUUGCCCGCCAAUUUCAGUUGACGCGGAUCAACAAUAUGUGUCUGAAAGCCAUGGACAUAAUCGACAGUCCCGGAUUUCUUAGUGGGGACAACAUGGAUGUACAUCGAGGAUACGAUCUCCCAGGAGUAUUAACAGAGUUGGCCACGAGAACAACCAGGAUUUAUAUGAUGAUGGACGUUUUCAAAGUCGAUUUCUCCUCUGAAUGUAAAGAUACGUUAAGACAAAUGAGACCUAUGCUGGGGAAGAUGAGAUUAAUUUUCAAUAAGGCAGACUAUAUUGAUGAAGUAAAUUUGAUGCGCCUUUAUGGAGCUUUCAUAAAAAGUAUUGACGCGGUCAAAUUUCUAUUAAAAAAUGUUGUUCCAAACGUAUUGGGGAAACUCAACGCCAUUCUCAACGAGUUUGAUCAAGAUAAAAUAGAAGGUGGGGUUUUUGGAAUUGUUAAUGCUUCAAACAAACUGAUUGAGAAAGAAGUGGAAAAUAGUCUGUGUAUUACAGCAGAACAUAUUGAAAAAGCAGACAAAAUCUUCGCUACAUUCCAGAUAGUGGAUGGAAGAGCUGAUUCAGCACAAAUCAAGCCGAUUAUGAUGGAAUCUAAACUGCCUUAUGAGUCAUUGGCGAAGAUUUGGGAGCUUUCUUGCAAUACGUUCGACGGGAAAAUGGAUAUUUUUGAAUGGAGAAUAGCCAGUUUCCUUAUUUCCCAUUUGACGAAUGGAAAUGUUCUUCCGGUUACACUACCAGUGAAUCUAAGAGCAUCUUCAAUGCGUUCUGAAGCAGAUUCGGAAAAUUAA